AUGGACAAUAGUGGCCACCACACGGCGACCAAAAUCCUAGCGACUCCUCCGGCCAGAGAAAGCCUGUCUGCGAGGAGCAACAUGAUCAGCACUCCCAAACCCCUCGCCUUCUCCAUUGAGCGAAUCAUGGCGAGGACGCCAGAGCCUCGCUCCAUCCCCGUCCCGCAGUUCCUGCAGGGCUCCGUGGCCAAAGGCGACCCCAAGCACCCGCUGCACCUCAACUCCUCCAUUCCCUGCAUGAUCCCUUUUGUCCCGGUGGCGUACGACCCCCUGCCCAAAGCUGCCGUGGCCGGAGCGGAACCCAGGAAGGCUCACGUAGACUCCUCUUCCUCGCCCUCCUUUAGCUGCGGCGAUCUCUUGAACUGUGCCCUGAGCUUGAAAGGAGAUUUCCCCCGCGACGCCCUGCCCUUGCAGCAGUACAAACUGCCCAAGGCUUACCUGGCGGAGCGGAACAAGCUCGUGCUGCCCGCCGUGGACAAGUAUUCCGCGGGGGUCGCCUUCAAGGACUUGUCGCAGGCUCAGCUGCAGCAUUACAUGAAGGAGAGCGCUCACAUUCUCUCCGAGAAAAUCGCCUACAAGACCUCGGAGUUCAGUCGCGGCUCUCCGAGCAGCAAGCCCAAAGUUUUCACGUGCGAAGUUUGCGGAAAGGUGUUUAACGCGCACUACAACCUGACUCGCCACAUGCCGGUGCACACGGGAGCGCGGCCCUUCGUGUGCAAAGUUUGCGGCAAGGGCUUCAGACAAGCGAGCACCCUCUGCCGCCACAAGAUCAUCCACACGCAGGAAAAGCCGCACAAGUGCAACCAGUGCGGCAAGGCCUUUAACCGGAGCUCCACGCUGAACACGCACACGCGGAUACACGCCGGCUACAAACCUUUCGUCUGCGAGUUUUGCGGCAAAGGGUUUCACCAGAAAGGCAACUACAAAAACCACAAGCUGACGCACAGCGGGGAGAAGCAGUUCAAGUGCAAUAUCUGCAACAAGGCUUUCCACCAGGUCUACAACCUCACCUUCCACAUGCACACCCACAACGACAAGAAGCCCUUCACGUGCCCCACGUGCGGCAAGGGCUUCUGCCGGAACUUUGACCUCAAGAAGCACGUCCGCAAGCUGCACGACAGCGCCCUGGGGCUGCCGCGGCCGCCCGCCCCGCUGGGCCCCGAGCAGCCGCCCGGCACCGGCCCCGGCACCGGCCCCGGCCCGGCGGCCGCGCCGCUGCUCGCGGGCCCGCAGCCGCAGUGA